AUGAGCACCAACUCCCUGACGACCUGCUGCGAGUCCAGCGGCCGGACGCUGGCCGAGACGGGGGCGGCCGCCUCCGCCCAGACCCCCGUCUAUUGCCCGGUGUACGAGAGCCGCCUGCUCGCCACCGCCCGCCACGAACUCAACUCCGCCGCCGCUCUGGGGGUCUACGGCGGCCCCUACGCCGGGCCCCAGGGAUAUGGAAACUACGUGACCUACGGCACCGAGGCUCCCGCCUUCUACUCCUUGAACAGUUUGGAGGCGAAGGAGGGGAGCGGGUCUGCGCAUGCGGGCAUCGCCCCGGCGGCUGCCUACUACCCCUACGAUCACACCCUCAGCCAGUACCAGUACGACAGGUACGGCACGAUGGACGGCGGGACGCGGAGGAAAAACGCCACCCGGGAGACGACCAGCACGCUGAAGGCCUGGCUGCAGGAGCACCGCAAGAACCCCUACCCCACCAAGGGCGAGAAGAUCAUGCUGGCCAUCAUCACCAAGAUGACCCUCACCCAGGUCUCCACCUGGUUCGCCAACGCCCGCCGGCGGCUCAAGAAGGAGAACAAGAUGACCUGUCCCCCGCGGAACAAGUGCUCGGACGAGAAGCGGCCCUACGAGGAAGAGGAGGAGGAGGAAGAGGAGGGUUCGCAGGAGGAGGCGAUGAAGAGCGUGAAAGCCGAGGAGCCCACGGGCAAGGAGGAGAAGGAGCUGGAGCUCAGCGACCUGGAGGACUUGGACGCCGCCGAGUCGGAGAGCUCGGAGUGCGAGCUGAGGCGGCCCUUCCCGCACCCGCUCCCGCACCCACACCCGCUCCCGCUCCCGCAUCCCGGCGGCAGCCACCCGCCGCGGGCCGCCGAGCCCCCCGCCAAGAUGCCGCCGCCGGCCGCCGCCGCCGCCGGGGAGGAGGAAGAGGAGGAGGAGGAGGCGGCGGCGGCGGCGGAGCGGGCGCGGAGCUGCCUGAAGACGGCGGCGGAGGAGUGCGGCCCCGACCUGCUCGGCGCCCGGCAGCGCGGCUGCGAGUCCAAAAUGUGCUUCCAGCAGGGGCAGCAGCUGCUGGAGGCGAAGCCCAGGAUUUGGUCCCUGGCGCACACGGCCACCUCCCUCAACCAGGCCGAGUACCCCUCCUGCAUGCUGAAACGGCAGGGGGGCUCGGCCGCCGCCGCCGUCUCCGCCCCGGUCAGUGUCAUCGACAGGCACCAGGAUUCGCCGGUCACCAACCUCAGGAACUGGGUGGACGGGGUGUUUCACGACCCCCUCUUCAGGCACAGUACUUUGAACCAAGCCCUGAGCAACACGACAGUUUCCUGGGCUACCACCAAAGGAGCCAUUCUGGAAACGGGCGCCUUGGGACGCGCGGUGGGGAACGGCGCCAACGUGCUCAAGGGGCAGCUCUCAAACUUGGCCCACCAUGACUCAAACAAAGAGUUUCUGGCGUUUCCCAAAUCAGGAAGCAAAAUGUUUUGCUCCUAACAGGUCCGCCGAGGGGGCGAAGGACUUUCUAAAACGCUUGAAGAGUCAGCUACACUGAAAAGAGACUUGCAAGAGUUUAAAUAUAAAACUUUUUCUUUCUUUCCUUUUUUU